AUGGGACAUACAGGAUCAUUUGUAAACACCAAGCAUGGGUACAUAAAAUCACAACUUCCAAACGCACCAGCUUUCACAUCAGAAGAACGCUAUGCACUUGCUAUGUUAGCUUUAGGAAGUAUUAAAUGCAAUAGACCAACAUUUUUUUUUGGAUUAAAAGAAAAUGUAUCAAUCGCAUCUAAAUCAGAAGAUAUACAAAAUAUUGAUAAAGAUGUUCAAAUAUUGGAGAAUACAUCAAAUGACAUAAGAUAUAUUGAAUCAUCAAAUGAUUUACAGAAUAAUAUAGAAUGUCCGAUCAAUGAAGAGUCAUUUAUGCAAAUAGAAACAUUAUUUAUAAUAUUCUUAUAA